UCAGCUCAAGAGUAGCUAGCCUUUUCUGACUUGUGUCAUUUCUCCAUAAGUAAAUAGCUCAAACUCCUGCAUUUCUUGCUCAAAUAGAAUUUCCGUCAAGGCAUAGAUACUUCAAAAUCAGGUUAGCAGCAGUCUCCUUCCUCUCCAUGUAACUAGUGCAAACCCUCGAGAUCAGCAGUUCAGCACAAGAACCUGAUAGAAAAGAGGAAAAUUCGCUCUCCCGACUAGCUCUCAACAGUCAAUCCAUCUUUGCAGCCUCCAGGUGACAGGCGAGAUCUGAAUUUCUGAUCUUUUCCCCUUCUCAUCAGUAGAAAUCCAAGGAUCAUUCCUCCCUCUGCACUGCAGUACUGCACACCACACCAGAGUGUAGUACGUGUCUCAUCAGCAUCAAAAGUGACAUGCAAACACACCACACAAAUUGAGGUCGAUUGAUAGAAUCGAAUUCCACUUAAAUUUGCAGGGUGGAAGAGAAUCCCCUGCCUGCUUGAUUUGAUCGGGAUUACAGGCAUCCAAUUCCAUCACUCAACCGGAGCUGUCUGCCUUGUUGCUAUCGCCCUAUUUCUGCUACCUCGUGCCGUGCUGGUUUCUUGCAAAAUUCUCUGGCCUUGCGUUGCGUUAGGCGCCUAAGUAGUGGCUCGUCAGCGUCAGAUGAGUGCAGGGCCUUGCUGCUCGGAGGCGUCCAUGGCGUGGAUGCUCCUGCGCAUCGACUGCUCCCUCCUCGGCUGGCUCCUCUUCCGCGUCUUCUUCUCCCACCACCAAAACCACCACGCCAACCAGUGCACCAUCUUCUAGCACUCGGCUAUCGUAUCAUCUAUAUACAGCAAGUAAGCUGUCGCUCGCCGACGGUGGCCGAUCGAGCAUGUCCGCCUCAGGGCGAUGCGGCGGCCGCCGGUGGGAAAGAAGUACGGUGGUGGGCGACGACAGGAAUGGAUACGUCGAGACUGACCCAACUGGGCGCUAUGGCCGGUUGGCGGAGGUGCUGGGGAAGGGGGCGAUGAAGACGGUGUACCGAGGGUUCGACGAGGUGCGGGGGGUGGAGGUGGCGUGGAACCAGGCCACCAUCUCCGACGUCCUCCGCACCCCCGACGCCCUCCACCGCAUGUACGCCGAGGUCAGCCUCCUCGCCGACCUCCGCCACGACGCCAUCAUCUCCUUCCACGCCUCCUGGGUCGACCCUUCCCCCUCCCGCCGCUCCUUCAACUUCAUCACCGAGCUCUUCUCCUCCGGCACCCUCCGCUCCUACCGCCUCCGCUACCCGCGCGUCAGCCGCCGCGCCAUCGCCGCCUGGGCGCGCCACCUCCUCCGCGGCCUCGCCUACCUCCACUCCCGCGGCGUCAUCCACCGCGACCUCAAGUGCGACAACAUCUUCGUCAACGGCCACCUCGGCCAGGUCAAGAUCGGCGACCUCGGCCUCGCCGCCGUCCUCCGCGGCUGCUCCUCCGCCCACAGCGUCAUCGGCACGCCCGAGUUCAUGGCCCCUGAGAUGUACGACGAGCACUACGGCGUCGGCGUCGACGUCUACUCCUUCGGCAUGUGCAUGCUCGAGAUGCUCACCAACGAGUACCCCUACAGCGAGUGCGACAACCCGGCCCAGAUCUACAAGAAGGUCACCGCCGGCAAGCUGCCCGAUGCCUUCUACCGCCUCACCGACCCCGAAGCCCGCCGCUUCAUCGGCCGCUGCCUCGUCGCCGCUUCCCACCGCCCCUCCGCCGAGGAGCUCCUGAUCGACCCCUUCCUCUCGCCGUCUCAGCACCACGACGAUCACAACAGCAACGUGAUUACGUGUCAUUCCGCCCCUCCACCGCCGCCAUUGCCACUGAUCACUAUUGCCAAUAGUGAACAAGAGGAGGGGGAGGAGGCGCCGGCAGCAGAAAGUACGGCGGUGGACAUGACGAUCACCGGGAAGCUGAACAAAGAGCACGACACCAUCUUCCUCAAGGUGCAGAUCGGCAGCGACGAGUCAUCACGUGAUGGUCAUGGCGGGAACGUGCGGAACAUCUACUUCCCGUUCGACAUCGUGAAUGACACGGCGAUGGAGGUGGCGACGGAGAUGGUGAAGGAGCUGGACAUCGGCGAGAGGGAGCCGAGGGAGAUCGCGGCCAUGAUCGAGCAGGAGAUAGUGAGGUUGGUGCCAGGGUACAAGCAGCAGCAGCAGGAGUACUCGUACGCGGAUGACCACGAUGAUGAUGACGACGACGGACACCCUAAUCCCUUCUACUACCUCUCCUCGUCACCCACCUCCUCUCAGGAAUCUCUCGGCAGGGUGGGCCUCACAUCCUCGGGGGGCUUCCCUGGCCCACAUGGCAAGGUUGACUGCUCAAGAGAUUACUGUUACUACCGCCCUCCAAGCAGCAGCAGCGUGAGCGUCAGCGACGACGAUGACUGCACGGCGAGCUGCCCUACAAGCGCUGGAAGUCAGCAGCAGCACUGCUCCUCUUCCAGCAGAUUGGGGCCAGCAGCAGCAGCAGCAGAAAGAGGAGGGCACGCCGGACGCCCGCGGCAGCGAGAGGGAGAGGAGGAGCGGCGGCGGCGGAGGAUGACGAGGAACAGGUCGAUGGUGGACAUGCGAAGCCAGCUGCUGCACCGGACGCUGGUGGAGGAGCUCAACAAGCGCCUCUUCUUCAACACCGUCGGCGCCGUCCAUGACAUCGGCUUCCGCGACCCCACCACCUCCUCCUCGCAGCAACAUCGCCGGAGCCACAAGCACCAACACUACAUGUUCUCAAAAUCUCAAUAAAUUUUGAAUGCAAAUUUGGUAUGUGUUUACACAAUCAGAUGCAGCUUAGCAGCUCUGGUGAAUCGAUUUGCACAUAUAUAAGCGAUGACCAUUGCGCGUGCGGCCGGCCACAAUAUACAAGUGCAUGCGUUUCGUUCGUCCUCAAGAGAAUUUUGCCAGGCAACAUGUGAAUAUAUGUGAGUUGUGCUAGCUGUUCUGUAAAGACCUUGUUACCUAUAUUUUUCUAACAAAAAUCGGGUCACAAUAACCUGUUCUCUACAAAACAAAAACUAUAUGUUUAUGGUAUGUAUUUAUUUUUCAGAUAACGGAUAAUAAUGUUUAA